CAGAAGCGAGAGUACCAAAUUCGAAUUCUGAGCCACCGUAUGUGACGGCGUAAUGGCUGGAGGAGCUAUCACUCCCGCUUCUCUGAUCGGUUUUAUUACCGAAAUCGUUGAGAUUCCGGUGAACUCCGGUGUGUUUAGGAAGGAUUGUGCCGAUCUCGCGCGACGAGUUGGUCUCUUGACGCAUUUGAUUGAGGAGAUUAGGGAUUCUUCUCCUCCGGCGCCGGAGGAAUCUGAUGCUUCGUCUUCUUUGAGUUCUCGUGAAUGUGAUUGGUGGUCUGAUCUUGUGGUGGGGCUUCAAGCCGCGAAGCGUCUUUUGUCUUCAGCUACUAGUUUCCAAGCUCGGGAGUCCUCUGAUGGGGCAGCCAAGAGAAUCUCAUUUCAGUUCCAAUGCGUUACUUGGAAGCUGGAGAAAGCAUUAGGCAAUUUGCCAUAUGAUCGAUAUGACAUCUCUGACGAAGUCCGUGAACAGGUGGAACUAGCUAGAUCACAGUUAAGAAGAGCAAUGCAGAGAUAUGGAUCUUUAAAUUCAAAAAAGUUCUCGAGUGCUCUAUCUGAGCCAAUGGUGAAAGAUGCCUCAAGCAAUACAAAGAGCAAAGUUACUGAAAAACUUGACAGCAUUCCGGAAACAGUGUAUUCUAACAUUCCUUUAUCAGAUGUGAAGAAAUUUGAAUCACCGCCUCCUGGGAAGAGCUCUUCAGUUUCCCUGGCCUUCUUUUUAUCAAAGGAUGCUGAUGAUGAGAGAUUAGAGAAAGCAGUUACCAAGAACACUGACGACUCAAAGAAAUCGGAUAACCUCACUAUCCCAGAGGAUUUUCUUUGUCCAAUAUCUCUGGAACUGAUGAAGGAUCCUGCUAUUGUUUCCACAGGACAGACAUACGAAAGGUCGUACAUACAGAGAUGGAUAGACUGUGGAAAUCUGAGAUGUCCAAAGACCCAGCAGAAACUCGAAAACUUCACUCUUACUCCAAACUUUGUUCUCAGAAGCUUGAUCUCUCAGUGGUGUACUAAGCACAACAUUGAGCAGCCAGGUGGUUAUAUGAACGGUAGGACCAAAAACUGUGAUGGCUCUUUCCGUGAUCUAAGUGGAGACAUGUCAGCGAUCCGGGCAUUGGUUCGCAAACUCGCUACUCGAUCAAUUGAAGACCGCAGGAGCGCAGUUUCUGAACUCCGCUCUCUGUCAAAAAGAAGCACGGACAACCGAAUUCUGAUUGCAGAAGCAGGAGCCAUCCCUAUUUUGGUCAAUCUUUUGACCUCAGAUGACACUGAAACGCAGGAAAAUGCUGUCACUUGCAUUCUUAACCUCUCCAUAUACGAACACAACAAAGAAUUGAUCAUGCUUGCUGGCGCAGUCACAUCUAUAGUGCAAGUCCUCCGAGCUGGAACCAUGGAAGCUAGAGAAAACGCUGCAGCUACUCUCUUUAGCCUUUCGUUAGCUGAUGAGAACAAAAUCAUAAUAGGCGCAUCCGGUGCGAUACUGGCCUUAGUGAAUCUGCUUGAGACCGGAAGCACAAGAGGGAAGAAAGACGCAGCUACGGCCCUGUUUAACUUGUGUAUAUAUCAGGGAAACAAAGGCAGAGCGGUUAGAGCCGGUAUUGUAAAGCCAUUGGUGAAAAUGCUAACUGACUCUAGCCACAGGAUGACCGAGGAAGCCUUGACCAUACUCUCAGUUCUAGCUAGUAACCAAGACGCAAAAGUUGCGAUUCUGAGAGCCAACGUGAUACCACCUUUGAUAGAAUGUCUCCAGAAAGAUCAACCUAGAAACCGAGAGAACGCAGCAGCGAUACUGCUGUCUCUUUGCAAGAGAGAUACUGAAAAACUAAUCUCCAUUGGUAGACUUGGAGCUGUUGUUCCGUUGAUGGAACUAUCAAGAGACGGUACAGAGAGAGCUAAGCGGAAAGCUAAUUCUUUACUAGAGCUUCUCCGUAAAUCAUCACAAAAAUUAGCAUCACUCUAAAUAUCCCCUUAACAACAACAACAACAACAAAGCUGUUUCUACUGAUCUGUUUACUACGAUCUGCUUUUUUUUUUUUUUGGAAAACUAAUUUAAUUAAUAUUCCCAUUUGAGAAGGUUGAGUCAAAAAAAAGAGUUACGAGAAUCGAACUCUUUCUUACUCACUCACCUUUGUAUUGAUUUGUUAAUUUUGUAAUAAGAAAAAACAAAGCUUUGUUUCUUACGUUCA